CUCAAUUUUAAGUAUUCUUUUGCUUAUAACUCCCCCCUCAAAUGGAAAUCUUAUUUAUUUAUACAAAAAGAACUACAAGUAUGGUUUGACAGAAAAACUAAAUUUCAUUGAAUAUACUUUAUUUAUAAAAUUCAGUAUCAAUUAUUCUUAAAAAAAUAUAUGGAUGUAUAAAAGUAUACAUGGUGUGCAUUAUAGAUUGGAGACAUGGGACUAAUAGGUGUUAGAAUUUUUUUUAAAAGGAGAAAGUAAAUUAUAGGCUUAGGAAAGUAAGCAGACGUGUUGGACUCUAUAAAUGAAUUCAGGGUUAUGAAUAAUUCAAGACAGAGCUGGAAUUGUUUUUUUCCAUUUUAUUACUUAUAUUGAAUUAAUAUUCCAUCUUUCUUGUUAUAUGUUAAAUGGACCUCUCAAGUUAAUUUAUAAAAACAAUGAUCCCAUUGUGCUGAUCUGAAACAUGUAUAUAUGUAUAUGUGUGCAUUUGUGUAUAAACACUAAAUGUCCAUAAUAAUAAUUGUGUUGUGUAAAAAAAAUAAUGCAGAACAAGAGUUAAUUUCAAGAAAUAUUCUUUAAUUUAUUUUAGAUAAUUUUAUACAACAGUUACAAAAUAAUUUUUUACAGAGAUAGUAUUAGCCUUGACUCGGAAGCUAGUUAUGGUCAGGCUGGUUCUGGACAGGAGACCAUCUAUUUUGGAAAAAGCAAAGAAAUAUUACUGUGAUAUUGCCAUGAAAAUAACAUGGAUAUGUCCAUGCAGUCUCCAGGAAAUCAAAUUCUACUUGAAGAAAAUUUUAUUUUUAUUAUUUAUAAAAUAAGACCAUAAUGAAAAAAACCAUUAUUGAAAGCAAGGAUGAAAUCAACCAUCACCUCAGCCAACCCAGGAUUUUUCAUGAGAAAGAUGGAGAGCUGGACUUUGGUUAUGUGCCUCUUAAGUACUGCAUUUGCAAUCCCACUACCACAACAUCCUGGUUAUAUCAAUUUCAGUUACGAGGUGAUGACACCUUUGAAAUGGUAUCAGAGCAUAAUUGGACACCAGUAUCCACGUUACGGCUAUGAGCCCAUGGGAGGGUGGAUGCACCAUAAUGCAGGACCAAUGAUGCACCCAACUCACUUUCAUGGGGUCCAUGCAAUACACCCAGCUCUCCAUCAAAGGCAGCCACAACAGCUUCCUCAGAACCCACAUUUGCAGCAACCAGGCCUUAACGCAUUUGUUCCACUAAAUGGGCAUAAUGCAUUAAUUCCACACUAUCAGCAUCCACUUCAACCACAAGCAGGCGAGCAUCCAAUGCAACCCCUACCACCAGUAAAUCCAAAUCAAUCAAUGAACCCUCAGCAACCAGGGAAUGGCAAUCAGCCCAUGUACCCACUACCUCCCCUUAUCCCAGAUACACCUCUUGAAUCGUGGCCAGCUGAUAAAACCAAGAAAGAAGAAGUAGUAAGUAAUCUUUACUAUAAUAUUGCAAUUUCCAGAAGAGUAGCUAUGUGACUAUUUCUCCCUAUUAGAAAAUAACAUUUUUAAGGACCAUGGUAGCAUCAAAAUGUUUGUUAUACUUCUGAAAAUAAAUUAUAUGUUAAAUUGUAUGUGUAUGUGCGCGCGCACACACACAUUAUCUCUUUUACUUCUUAGUCAACACGCAAAAUAUAUACAUAGUGAUUUUAUGCAAUACAGAUACUCCUUGAUUUACAACCAUAAUUGAGCCCAGAAUUACAGUUGUAAAUUGUGGCAGUUAUUAAGUGGACCACAUCCAAUUUUACAACUUUUUUAAUGAUGAUCAGUAAACAAACACUAGUUGUUAAAUGAACUCUUCAAUUUUCUUCAAUGAGUAUUUUUUUUGCUGGAAAUUGGAAGUAAAUGCUACUAAUCAGCAAAAAAAACUGAAAAUCAUGGUCACAAGAGUGCAGCACCCUGCAAAAAGCUGUAAAUGUGAGCUGCUUGUCAAAUGCCCAAAACACAAUCACAUGAAUGCUCAAGGUAGUGCUGGUAUUGCAGACAUCAGAGCUCUAGAACUGGGUCAUAAGUAGCUCUGGGGAGAUCGGUCAUAAUGGCCGAUCUCCCUAAGAGACUGGGCAUUAAGUAAAGACUACCUAUAGUUCGCACUCUUUUCUGGAUUCCGUGUCACAACUGGUUCAGCAAAAAAAAACAAAAAAAACAUCAGUUACUUAUAUAACAUUCAACAUUUCUAUUUAUCAACUCAAUUGAUUUCCAGGCAUUAUUAUAUCCAGGCCAAAUUCAAUGAAAAGAAAUGCUAUAAAAUAAUUCUGUCAUUUAGUUCACUUCAGAGGAAAACAACUCCCCUUCCCUGACACAACUCUAUCUUUGAAACUGUAUAAAACUGUAUCUAUUUCCAAGACUUUGUUGCUUUAUAAAUGGUACGACCAGACACCUUGUAACUUAUGCCGCUUUGAACAUGGCUUAUGGCUUUUAUUUUUUAAAAAAGAGAACUGGCAAACCCAAUUAUCACAGUGAGGUUUCUCAUAACUAUCUUGGUUUUACUUUUUCUAGGAUUAAACAAUGAAGAUACCAGGAUUAAAGAAGUCAAGAUACCAGAAUAGUGCAAGCAAAGCAAUAAUUUAGAUACUGUUACAUGCUUUCAAGAGUCCAGAGUUUUUCUGCAGUCAGUAAUAAAAGUUUCUAUUAAUCCAGAUUUAUAAAAUUAUAGAUAGAAGCAGAUAAAACAAGAAAAUAAACAUUGUUCAAAUCAGUAAUUGUGGAGGUAUGAUUUUUGAAGUAUAACCAAUAAAGUACUAUAGCAUCA